AAUGACAAAUGUAAUUUUUUGUUUAUCACAAAAAAUCAAUAAACAAAAACCUGAAGAAGAAAAGAAUACGCAAAAUAUAUAAAUAUAUAGAAAAAAUAUGUCACGACGUACACAAGACAUACCUAUAAGACCACGUUAUGGCCUAACCGACGAGGAACUGGAAGAAGAGCGUGUCAAUCGUGAGGCAGCCGCUGCUAAUACAAGAUCACGCAAAACCUCAACAAAUUCAAACUCAGAUGUAGCUUCAUCCUACAAAGAAAUACCAUUUUUGGCUCAAUAUGCAGGAGCUGUACCAGAUAGUGUAUUAAAUGAUUUGACACCGACAGCUAGUAGGCCAAUGCCGGGUAGAGAUGAAAGUCUGGACGAUGAGGAAGAUGAAGAGGAUAAUUCAAAAAGUAGUUCGUGUGAUAAUAGUAAUAAAACACCAAAACGACCACAAAGUUUACUAAGUGAUGCUAUACCCUACGAAUUGGAAGGGUCAGAUGAUGCUGAUGGUCAAAUGCGACAUUUUGUGGCGGAGAAUUUAGAGGAAAAGUUGCGUUUAACUAGUCCGGCGGGUAAAGAAGAUCCCUAUGACUAUACCAAAGCUCCUUCACAUCAUAGUACACCCUCCACCUCCACGGGAGGUGGCAUGACACGACAGUUUUUACUUAUGCCUCAGCUACCACAAAUCGAUGCUAAUGUUUUGAAUGAUAUAGAAAUUGAGGCCCAAUAUUUAGCCACCUCUGUUGAUAAUUUAACAGAGAACUUGUGUAAUCUUUUACAUUCCAUUUCCUCUAUAACAGCGGAUAAUGUAGAGGUGCACAAAAAUGCUGUUAAUAAGUUAACCGAUAGCAUGGAUGCCAAUAUUAAGUGCAUGUAUACCAUAAUGGCUAAAACUGAGGAAAUAACAAAAUCCAUGCAACCUACCGAACAAGUGGGAUUACGAAUACGAGAAAUCAAACGUUUAGUUGAUAUGUUGGACAGCACUGUAUAGGAGUUGGAUGACGAUGAACCCACGGAUCUGAUAAAUACCAAACCUUUAUGCCCUUUAAUUUAAGUUUAACACCAUCAUUUAUUUAAAAUAUUUACUUACAAUAAAAUAGAACUAUACCAAA